AUGUGCCACUGGCAGUACCUUUCCCUUGGGAUUGCUACGCACCGAGAGGAGAACUGGACCGUCGCGUGCCUAUUGAAAUCCGAGGCUUUGUGUCGGACCCAGAGUUGUGGACAUACCCUGAAUCUCGACCGCGGACGACGGUUCACGGAUUGGACAGUAGUUGCACGGCUUUGGGGGUUUCAGGAUUCCUCAAACUCGCUUGGUUGCAAGGUGGCUGCGUCGGAUCGCGGCACGCGCCUUGCAGUCGCGAAUUGGAACGUCAUUUAUGUUUGGGCUCUUGAGCCGGGAGCACUCAUUGAGGAAAACAGCAGUGGAUUUUAUCCGGUGUGCUUCCGAUCGAAAGGGUCAGGGCUGAUCGAAUUACGGCCUAUUGUCCUUCCGCUAGAUGGAGUCUGUUUCAAACUGGGCUUCACCCAGCGAGAGGACGAACUGCUGGCAAUUACCGAUCGAGGUGUGAUGUAUUGGGAUCUUGGCCCACUGGGAAGAGGCUCAAGAGACAUUCAGCAGCUGGUUCUCUAG